AUGAAAUUGCGCGCCGCCACCGACGCCGACGUCCCCGCCAUUGCCGCCCUCGUGCUCGCCGUCGCCUCCGUCCAGGCGCCCUGGGCGAGCUACCUGCCGGCGCGUCAGCGCCGCGAUCCGGUCCUCGUGCGGCACGCCGAGGCCGUGGUGCGCGGGCACGUCGCGGCCGGCGAGCAGACGUCGGUGGUCAUGGUCGCCGAGCAGCGUUGUGCUAGCGGUGAGUUGGGCCGCGCCGAGAUUGUGUCCGUCGCGGUCUGGGACACGACCCAGACCGUCUGCGGCAGGACUGACCCGACAAGCUGCGUCAGGGAGGACGAAUGGGCGCCCCGGGGUGCCGAGGAUUACGCCCGGCUCGUCGCGCUCAACGAGGCCAUGAACAAAGGCCGCCGACGCUACUUUGCCGCCGAGGGGCAGCCGCACGUCUACCUGCGCGUGCUCGCCACGCACCCGGACCAUCAGGGCCGGGGCCACGCCAAGGCCCUCUGCCGAUGGGGGAUCGCGCUCGCCCGCCGCGCGCGCGUCGGUGUCUGCCUCGAAACGGGCUCCCGAGGCUACAUCAUGCUCUCCGGCAUGGGGUUCGAGGAUCUGGGCGCCGUCGUCGUCCCGGCAGGCAAGGGCCACGAUGAGCAGGUCCUCAAGGUGCUCGGCAUGGAUGCGGCCGCAGUGCAGGCUGCGAAUCCGGGGGUCUGGAACUCGCUGUGGAAGUACCUUUCAACAUGA